GUUUAGAACAACAUCUCUAGUACCUACGUAAUAUAAUAAUAUAUUGUUCAUUUAAAUGUUUACAGUUUAAUGACAGACCACGCAUACACGAUUCACUUGUUUAUGCUAUGGAAAUUGGGUACAGACAUAUAGACACCGCGUAUGUUUACCUCACAGAAGAUAUGGUUGGCAAAGCUAUUCAUAACGUAACGUGUCGAGGAAUUGUAAAGCGAGAAGAUUUGUUCAUUACUAGUAAGCUACCAUACUCGGUUGUCACCAGGGCCGGUGUAGUGCCAGCUUUAAAGAAUGCCCUAAAAAGGCUAAAAUUAGCUUAUUUAGAUUUGUACCUUAUACACCAUCCAGUUAAUUUGUUGAAUAGAACUGGUCACAGUAACUUGGGGCUAUGGAGAGGUCUUGAAGACGCAAAGCGGAUGGGUUUGACGAAGUCGAUCGGUUUAUCGAAUUUCAACAGCACAUUCAUGACCAAGAUCUUAGCUCACGCUGAUAUUAUGCCUGCUGUUAAUCAACUUGAGGUAAACCCGACAUUCGCGAAUCUGGAGCUAGUGGCUUACUGUCAACUCAAAAACAUCACUGUGACUGCGUGGUCGCCUUUUGGUUUUCUGGUGCACAGAGUUUUGAAUAAUUUAUCGUUACCACCAACAUUCAAGGAUCCAUAUUUGGUCGGGUUGUCCGAAAAAUACGAUGUGGAUGUUAGCCAGAUUAUCUUGCGGUCGAUCGCGGUUUAG